AUGGCGACCACCAGAUUACCCUGCAUUCCGUCUCUUCGAAAGCAGCAGCUCCACCUGGAAUUUGCGAGCUUAAAACAUGCAACACCGCCAGGGGUCUACGUGACCCUGGCUCCUGGAGACCCGACACUCUGGAAUGGAGUGAUCUUCGUUCGCUCAGGUCCCUACGCAUCCGCCAUCCUCCGCUUCCAACUCCGCUUCCCUGACACCUACCCCGACCUCCCACCUCUGGUCACCUUCGCGACCGACUUCUUCCACCCAUUGAUUGUGCCCCUCACCACUUAUACCUUCAGUACCGGCUCGGCAAGUGACAACCCUGUCAGCGCAACAGAUGAGGAACGGUUACCGCCUGGUGGGUUCAGUCUCCGCCAUGGAUUCCCUCACUGGUUUGGCAGAGCAAAGCGGAGCGGCUUAGCAUCGGGGAAUACAUCGCGAAAUGUAAGCGGGAAUAGUGCAACUGCUGCACCGUCGGGUGAAACGAGUGCUGCAGAUCCUGCAAAAGGCGAUGUAGCCCCGGACACGUCGACUGCCCCGACAUCAACGCACCCGGAAACCAGUGACAAUGACGUGGAGACACCACGCGUGGCCCAGGUCCCUUCCAUGGACCAGUUUGCGGAACCAAGGUCUAUUGUCCCUGUCUCAGAAAUAUUGGAUUACAUCCGGUCGACGUUCGAUGAUGAAACUGUGCUGGAUUCGUUGCCAGUUGAAGUCGCCGGCAAUCCUGGGGCAUGGCAUGCGUGGAAGGCACACCGCCGAGGUGGUACUGGCGGAGGAUGGAAACGGGGAAGCCCGCAGACCCGGCUUCCCGGUGACUGGCAUUGGGAUGGGAUCUGGGCUCGGCGGGCUCAAGAUGAGAUUGAGAAUUCGCGCUCUGAUCCGAUGUUAUUUGGAAGUGCUGCUCGUGGGAAUGGGGAUGAAAUGAUUCGGUUCUCACGGUUGGAUGAUGCGAGCUUGAACUCGGUCAAGGAGAGUAUGGCAGCCAUGGUAGGCAAUGUAUAA